AAUCAUUUUUCUUUUGAGCAAAGGUUAAUCGCCAAAUGUAAGUCUUUUUUCUUAACUAAUUUGGCAACAUUAGUGUUUUAAACUAUCUAGACAGAUUAAAACAUCUGUCUUUGGAUUCACACGCCAUAGACAGUCAUAUAGAAAGGAAAUGAGAAGCAAUUACUCGACGUAAAUAAAUCUAAGAGGAUCAUAUAGGUUACAUGCACACUGUAGUUAAAAUACAUCAGUAGAAGUAGACCGUUUGAAGAUGUCGUCUGAUAUAUCCCCUAGUCUCGUCAAUUUAGCGUAUCUGAUCAAUGCAGAUAUCGUAAUUCUAACACCCAUUCUGCGAGGCCUAUUACAAGAAAAAAUUUCACUGGUUAAACUUAGAGAAAAGUGUGCCACCAUUCCAGAAUUAUCUUCUGAUAUACCUGAAGUUUCAGGGUUUGAUGAUUUUCAUCUAACGCAGUUAUACAAGUACCUAAGAUACAUAUGUACAGAUGAUUAUGAGCCAACUAAUGGUUGGGGUGUCAAGGACUAUGCUGCUCUUAUUGAAAAUGUUACCGUCGGGGAUGAUAUAGAAAAAAUCAAACUGAUUCAUGAUGAAAUAUACGAAGCAGUGAAGAAGGAGACGAUGUCUGAAGAGAAUUUCAAGAUGUGGUGGGAGCGUCUCAUUAACAUAUGUGCACGUCUGCAAAGCACGCAGCUAAGUGAGCUGAGAGAUAUAAGAGGGUUGAAUGUUGACUUCAAUACAUACAGUGGAUUGAUCGAGAAGUUCAAGUUCAUCGAACAGGAAGCACCACCAGAGAGACCGGAAUACCAACCUGGACAGCAAUACAAGGAGAAGGCUGCUCAGGAGAAAGAAGUGAGAAUUAUACUUUUGGGAAAACUGGGAGCUGGGAAAAGUACUUCGGGAAAUGCUAUUCUGGGAGAUACUUAUUUUACAGCUGGGAGCAGUUGGAAGACCGUCACAUGCGAGUGUUCCUAUGCAUUCACUACAAGAAACGGUAAACGAUAUCAAUUGUACGAUACUCCAGGGUUUGGAAAAGUAAGAGACCAAGAGGGAUUAAUUCAUGACGAAAUAAAACGAUGUCUCUUCUUUGCUGCUCCAGGUUUCCAUGUGUUAGCACUUGUAAUCUCGUGCGCAGAACGACUGACGGAACAAGACCAAGAAGCACUAGAAAAGCUUGACAAAUUGUUAGGAGAAUCGGCGUGUAGAUAUAUAAUCAUCAUUUUUACACGUGUGAAAAGUCGAGACAUUCUUCUACGAAUGAUAUCCGAAGCACCAGAAAUUUCUAAGUUGAAUGCGAGGUGUGAUUGUAGAUAUGUAUGGUUUGGAAAUAGUGAGAAAGAAAUUCCCUCGGGGUCUAUAGAUGAAUUCUAUAAGCUGGUUCACGUAGUUAUGCUUAAUAACGCCAAAAGGGGAAAUGUACAUUAUCAACACAAGCUUUUCAAAAGAGCACAAGUGUUGAUAGAAAAGCAUGCAAAAACGUUACGACAGCAGAAUGUUAACAUGUCUGAAGAGGAAGCCAGAGACAGAGCGCGCGAAAUUUCAAUAAAUGGCGGUUCACCCUAUGACAAUGAAAUUAUGAAGGAAACAGAGGAAUCAUGCUGUAUCAUAAUCUGAUCUAUUAAAAAUGAUAGAAAUAUUAAACUCUAUAGGUGUAUUAAUAUUUCAAUUCCCUUUACUUCGAUGUCUACGAGUUUUGUUUGUUUGUUUGUUUGUACAUGUAUCUUGUUUUACGUCCCUUUCGAGAAUUUUUCACUCAUGCAGAGACGUCUAGACAAUCUUCAAAACCACAAGUUGGGGUCUUUAAAAGCAAUGUGCACCAAACUUUGAUAAAUACGUUUAAGUAGUCACGAGAUAAUAUAGAGUA